AUGGCCGCCAUGGACGACGGCGAAACCCUUCCUCGUAUAGCCCUGGCAAAAUCUUCCGCCAUGGACGACGGCAUGGGCGACAUGGGACAUCAUGGUAUGGCGCCCAUGGGCGAUAUGGGACAAGGCAUGGGCGACAUGGGACACGGGAUGGACGACAUGCACAUGACUUUCUCCUGGGGCAAGAACGCCCAGAUCCUCUUCUCCGGUUGGCCGGGCGAUAGGGGCGGCAUAUACGCCCUUGCGCUCAUCGUCGUCUUCGUUCUCGCAGUCCUCCUCGAGUGGUUCAACUACAGCCGGGUGAUCAGCCCUCGAUGGAGCCGUGUGGUGGCUGGGCUGGUUUAG